AAGCGCGUUUACUGUAGUCUUCCCCCCGCCUGAGCUUGUUGUUGUCGCCCGCUGGAGAAACUACAACUCCCGACACCGCACAAAACCUCUCGUCCAUCCAGUGGGUGUUGUUGCAAUGGUGGUGUCGGUGGGACAUUGAAUGACUUUGGCUCCAUCACGAAAAUAGCUGGUUAUAUUCAUUUUAUUGAUAAACCGCGAGCAAUGGAGGCUCUUAUCCCCGUAGUGAACAAGCUCCAGGAUGUGUUCAACACCGUGGGGGCGGAUAUCAUACAGCUGCCGCAGAUAGCAGUAGUGGGGACUCAGAGCAGUGGAAAGAGCUCAGUGCUUGAGAGCCUGGUGGGCAGGGACCUGCUGCCCAGAGGGACUGGUGUCGUAACCAGGCGACCGCUUAUCCUCCAGCUGGUCCAUGUGGAUCCUGGAGAUGCAAGGAAAAAUGAUGAGAGUGGGAGAGAAGGUGAAGAGUGGGGCAAGUUUCUGCACACAAAAAAUAAGAUCUACACAGAUUUUGAUGAAAUCAGGCAAGAAAUUGAAAAUGAAACGGAGCGAAUAUCAGGGAACAAUAAGGGGAUCAGUGAUGAACCCAUUCAUCUGAAGAUAUUUUCUCCUCACGUUGUCAACCUCACACUGGUGGAUCUGCCAGGAAUCACUAAGGUGCCCGUGGGUGAUCAGCCUAAGGACAUUGAGGUUCAGAUAAGAGAUCUAAUCCUGAAGCACAUCUCUAACCCCAACUGUAUCAUCCUGGCUGUCACUGCGGCGAACACAGACAUGGCCACCUCGGAGGCCCUCAAGGUGGCCCGGGAGGUCGACCCCGACGGCAGGAGGACGCUGGCUGUGGUGACUAAGCUGGACCUGAUGGACGCGGGCACUGAUGCUAUGGAUGUACUGAUGGGCCGAGUCAUUCCUGUCAAACUGGGCCUCAUUGGAGUGGUCAACAGGAGCCAGCUGGACAUCAACAAUAAAAAGUCUGUGGCCGACGCCAUUCGAGAUGAGCAUGCUUUCCUGCAGAAGAAAUAUCCAUCACUCGCCACCAGAAACGGAACCAAAUACCUGGCCAGAACCCUUAACAGGUUACUGAUGCAUCACAUCCGAGACUGUCUCCCUGAGCUGAAGACACGGAUCAACGUGCUGGCAGCCCAGUAUCAGUCCCUGCUCAGCAGCUACGGCGAGCCCGUCGAAGACCAAAGUGCCACCCUGCUCCAGCUCAUCACCAAGUUUGCCACAGAGUACUGCAACACCAUAGAGGGCACGGCCAAAUACAUCGAGACGGCAGAACUGUGCGGCGGAGCCAGGAUUUGUUACAUAUUCCACGAGACUUUUGGCAGAACAUUGGAGUCUGUGGAUCCUCUGGGAGGGCUCAGCACCAUAGACAUCCUAACAGCCAUAAGGAACGCAACCGGCCCGCGUCCGUCGCUGUUUGUGCCCGAGGUUUCCUUCGAGCUGUUGGUGAAGAAGCAGGUGAAACGCCUGGAGGAGCCCAGUUUGCGCUGCGUGGAGCUGGUCCACGAGGAGAUGCAGAGGAUCAUUCAGCACUGCAGCAACUACAGCACGCAGGAGCUGCAGAGGUUCCCUAAACUUCACGAGGCCAUCGUGGAAGUAGUCACCUCCCUCCUGAGGAAGAGGCUGCCCAUCACCAAUGAGAUGGUGCAUAACUUGGUUGCAAUAGAGCUGGCCUACAUCAACACCAAACAUCCAGACUUUGCAGAUGCCUGUGGGGUCUUGAAUAACAAUAUAGAGGAGCAAAGAAGAAACCGGAUGAGAGAGCUGCCCGCUGCAGUGCCCAGGGAUAAGUCUGUUGGCAAAGGCCCGGCUGGCCCAACUGUGGUUUCUGGCGAGCCCCCUGCGUCUGGAGCCGACAUGGACGGUGCCAAGGCCCCAGCAGCAGGGCCCCAGGGCGAGCAGGACGGCACAGGGAACUGGAGGGGGAUGCUGAAGAAAGGAGAGGAAGCCCCCGGCUCCGGACCUGGAAGCCCCCUCAAAGGAGCUGUCAACCUACUUGAUGUGCCUGUGCCGGUCGCCAGGAAGCUGUCAUCACGUGAGCAGCGGGACUGUGAGGUCAUCGAGCGCCUCAUCAAGUCUUACUUCCUCAUCGUCCGCAAGAACAUCCAGGACAGUGUGCCGAAGGCAGUGAUGCACUUCCUGGUCAACCAUGUGAAGGACAGCCUCCAGAGCGAGCUUGUUGGCCAGCUGUAUAAAUCUGGCCUCCUCAACGAUCUGCUGACUGAAUCGGAGGACAUGGCCCAGCGGCGCAAGGAGGCCGCCGACAUGCUACAGGCGUUGCAGAAAGCCAGCCAGGUGAUCGCUGAGAUCAGGGAGACACAUCUGUGGUGAAAAAGCCAACAAAGGGAGCUGAACCUGAUCUGUUAUCUCCUCCAUCAUGCCUGAAGGACCGACGCUCCAUGCACUCAUCAUGUCUGAACAUGACAGUUUGGAUUUGCAACCAUGAAAAUGCACUGUUCUGAUCCCUGCUCAAAUGUACUGUAAGGUAUCAUAUAAGCUCACCUGAACGUUAACGUUCAUUGAAGUUGUUUAUUUAAAAUGCUUGGUGUUGUUGAGUAUAGGAAAAUGCACUGCCUCUGUUUGCUAAUGUUAGAGGUAAGAUUUUAGAGACUGUAGUUGCCACCCAGAGCUCGUGGAGGAAUCGAGAGUGCAGCCAAAAGCAAAGUACUUUCCAUAUUUGACAGACAGUGGUUAACCAGACUGGAAAUGGACUUUUGUGUGAAGUGGAAAUGAAAGUUUUGAUGUCAUUUUGGAAGCUCCACAAAGAAUUCUGCAAAUGUUUUUGCCUCUAGGUUAUAAAAACAAAAAUCAAAAAAUAUUAUUCAUCUCCUCACCUGCAACUUUUUCAUUUAGAAGUAGCUGUCAUGUGUCAGAAACCAUGAAACCUCAGAAGUCAUAGCAGCAGGGAUUGGUUCGUUAAAUUUAAAAUACGUGAGUUGGUCCUGACUCGCAGCAGAUGUUAGUCCUCUUACCUGUGUAUAUACUCCAUCACUUUAUUUUUUUGCACUGUUGUCACCACACUGUACUUUAUAGAAAAGUCCAUCUUGACACUGUAUUGCCAUCAAAAUCUUUAUUUAUUAACGUGUUAUUUAAGUGUGUGGAUAACGUAAUGAGCACUAUUGCAGCUUGCUGCGGUAGGUCAUUUAAUCAUGUUUACAUAUCGCUGCCUACAUGUGAAAUUUAUGGUGCACUGUGGUUCUGUGUAUGGUUCCCAAAAGAAUAAAUAGAGCUAUUUUAUUGCCAAUUGAA